GGUGUUGAGGAAGGUUGUCUCGCACCCCCUGCCUGAUUCUCGUGUCACGUGGGUCAAUUUAUUUUCGUGACCACACGGACCUUAGAAAUCGAAUUUGAUUGAAAACUGACGCACCCGUGCUCGAAGUGUAGCAAAACUUUUAUACGUAUUUGGGAUAACAGGAUACGCUAUCGUGGAAGUUCGGCGCAACGUCUUUUUGCGACAGGAACUUCCGAGCGCUGCGAACAGAUUCGCCUGGUCUGUGAACAAGAGAAAAAAAAGAUUUCGGAAUCCCGCUGUGAGUGUCAGACACUGACGCCAGAGUUGGGCCACAGCAGGCUUUCUUCUUGUUCCUCAUAAGAUCGACGAUGGCGGCGGCGCGGUCGGAGGCGUCGGGCAAGCUGCCGGCGCUGACGCGGAAGCUGCGCUACACGGGCCUGUUCACCUCGCAGAUGGCGCCCACGUCGCGCGCCUACUGCAUCCUACUGAGCUUCUUCGUGGGCGUGCUCAUGCUCACCGCCGGCUCCGUGUUCUACCACGUGAUCCUGAUCCGCCCCAUGAGCGGCAGCCACCCCAUGCACACGCCGCCGCUGCCGCUCGCCUGCGGCCUCAUCCUCGCCGGCGCCGCCACCGUCCUUGGGUCCUUCUUCGUCGCCUGGAGGUACGGUUUCGAUGACGGGGACGACAGUCUUGAAGAUGACCUGUACUCCUUCACCAAAGACGACGUCCUCGACCAGUGCCACCAGCAACAACUCCAGCACCACCACCAGCAACUGCAACAGCAACAGCAACUGCAACUACAGCAGCACCAUCAACAACUACAGCACCAACAGCAACAGCAGCAGCUACAACAGCAACAAAUGCAACAGCUACAACAGCAACAAAUGCAACAGCUACAACAGCAACAAAUGCAACAGCAGCAGCACCAUCAGCAGUGUUGCCCUUCCAACAGCAAAAUCCCCCCUGUCUGAGCCUUCUAAGAUAACCUUUCGCUUUCUUCAAGACCCACCCACCUUUCUUCAGGUUAAUCUCAAGUUCUCUCUCGGUCUCGUGGAUCGCCAUGCACCUCUGCCUAUCAUUACAGGCAAUAAAUGGUAGUAGAGAGAGGUAGAUAGACAGAUAGAUACCUAGAUAUGUAGAAAGAAAGAGAGAGGGAGGGGGAGAGGGAGAGAGAGAGAGAAAAAAGGCAAAUAGGUCAAAGGCUUUUCUCUUGACCGACUAUGAAGCUGCUUCGAAAUCUUUCAAAGCUUCCUUAAAAGUUGGAUGGCGUUAAUGGGUAGCCGUUUAUACUUGUGACACGGCGCUUACGGUUUGUAAAGAACCAAGAGAAAAUUGAAAAAAUAUGAUUCAAAGAAUCGAUUUUUAAAUCUUACUCUUGGACACAUCUCUAUCAAGUCUGUUGAUGUCAUCGGUAUCGAUAUCAAGAUAAUUCCAUACUCGCAAUUUGCAUCAGUCAGAUCACUGAUGUUCCUGAGGUAUUAAAUAACGCUACCAAUGAAUGAGGACAUUUCUCUCUAUUUUAAAACGAAAUAGCCAGAAAAAGAAAACAUUUUAUCUCUUACCAACUAAAGAGACUUGACCUGACCUGACCUUUGACACCGCAGGUCCGUGAUUUCUUAAUUAACACAUGUCUUUGAUUUUUUUUUUU